AAUGAAUUUCUCUCUCAGUCCGUCUGUCUAAAUGAUAAGAAACCCAUCAUGUAAGAACCACCUGAGUAAAAUCUACAAACUGAGAUGGAAUUACUUCGAAUUAAAGUUCAGGAAACAGAAGAGGAAAUGAGGAAGGAUGUAAUACUAUAGUGAUAAUUAGAAACGAGAGACCAUUCUUGUUUUUUUCCUCCCUUCGUGUACAGUAUAUAUAAGAUGGAGAGCAGCUUUCUCCUCCAGCACUCGACUCCUAUCUCCUGGAUCUCUCGCUCUCACUCGUGUCUCUCUGUGAGAAACCAGACGUCCUGCUACAAUGAGGAACCUGAUGGCUCUGCUGUUUCUGCUGUCGCUCUGCUCUCUUCAUCUGGUGUUUAGCGCUCCAACCGGUUUAGACUACAAGACUGUCUGCUGUGGAGGCACAACUACAAUGAGGAUCCCAGAAAGGAACAUUGUUAAAUACUGGGGGACCAGCAGCAACUGCCCCAUUAAGGCUAUUGUCUUUGAGACCCCAAAAAAUAAAUUCUGCCUGAAUCCUAAAACCGCUUGGGUCAUUAAGUACAUGAAGGAACACCCCAACUCUGCGACAACAAGCCUCUGAACCUCUGCAUGAGAGAGAGUUUCAACACAGAACACUAAAUUAAUAUUAGGACCUUUUGUUUAAAUUUUUAUUUUUUUAUUUUAUUUUAUUUUUUUAAUAAUUAACAUAUUCUCACCUCUGGGCCUUGGUGUGAUGGCGCCACCUGGUGUUUAUAAGAGUUCAAUGUCACUCAGUGUCUUCAUGAUUGAAGUAAAUGUAGCAGAAAAAUGAAAUGAACCAACUUUUCUACACAUGUACAGUAAUACAUCCAUGUUCUAAUAAACACACUAUGCAGUAUGA